GCUCAAGGCUGGCGGCAGCUUUUUGGUCGGAGCAUAAUGGCGGUGCUUCCGCCAUUCAACUUCCUCACGCUUCAUUAUGCCUACUUCAUUGCGACGCCGUUGAUCUGUAGCGUCAUCUUCUGGGGUUCUGCCACCCCACUGCGCAGCGUCUCCUACGUUGACUCCUUAUUCAUGUGUGUCAGCGCUAUGACAGGUGCUGGCUUGAACACAGUCGACCUUUCUUCCCUGAACUCGUUCCAACAGUCUGUUCUCUUCGCGCUCCUCUUUCUGGGACACGCUAUCCUCAUCUCAAUUACCGUGCUCUUUGUCAGGAGGAGUGCUUUCCAGGCCAAAUUCAAAGGCAUCUCACUCGAGCGUGCACGUAAGAGACUGGCUCAACACAUGAUGAGACAUGACCCCUCGCUUGACCCAAUCCAAGAGAGCAAUGUCAGCGUGGAACCACAUCAGGUCGCGAAAUCAGAUGACGCUAGUUACGGUGUCAAGAACACGGUGACAGCCGAGGCUGCACCUGCGGAAAGCAGCAGUGAGGCACUGGACGGUGACCCUAUCCAAUGGGUUGACGAUGACCAAGUCACGCUUGGCCAGAUGAAGGCGCGCCAGAAUCAUCAUCACCAUCGGGUAUUUCCCAUGGUAGGUGUUGGGGCUCGACUUGACUUGAACAAUCAUCCUCGAGAUGCUACGCCAAGACUGACACAGAGCGAAGAAGACAACCUGCCCGCUCUCAAGGGAUUCAUCAAAGGGACCCAAAAGUACUUCAAAUCGAAGGGAUCCAUCGCGCGAAACUCUCAGUUUUACGGGCUCACUCCCGAAGAGCGGGAGAGAUUGGGAGGCGUGGAGUAUAGGGCAAUCACCUUUUUGCUGGUGAUAGUCGCUCUCUAUUGGGUGCUUACGGUUCUUGGUGGCAUCAUUGGGAUGGGUGGCUGGCUGGCAGUGAACCACCCGGAUAUCUCUCGUUCGAAUGGCUUGUCGCCUUUCUGGACAGGUGCAUUCUUCGCUGUUUCCGCCUUUGUAAACAGUGGCAUGUCGCUCUUGGAUGCAAACAUGACCGCAUUUCAGACGAAUGCGUACCCUUUGCUCACCAUGGCAUUCCUGAUUCUCGCUGGGAAUACACUUUACCCUUGUAUUCUACGGUUCAUAAUUUGGGUCUUGCGAUGCUUGAUCCCAAAGACGCCGUCGUGGGCCACCUGGAGAGUUACGCUUGACUUCAUCCUCGACCAUCCCAGAAGAGUUUACACAAACCUUUUUCCAAAGCGACACACAUGGUACUUGCUUGGUACCAUCAUCAUUCUGAAUGCUAUUGAUUGGGCCGGUUUUGAAGUCCUUUCGAUUGGAAACAAGGAAAUCGAAUCCUUACCAAAGGGCUAUCGAGUCUUGGACGGAUUGUUCCAGGCUUCCGCCGUACGUGCUGGAGGCUUCUACGUUGUUACGAUUUCCGAUCUCCGUCAAGGACUACUCGUUCUAUAUGUUCUCAUGAUGUAUGUAUCAGCAUACCCCGUGCUGCUCACCAUGAGAAACACAAACGUCUACGAAGAGCGCUCCUUGGGUAUUUACGCCCACGACAACACAGACGAUAACAACGAAGGAAAACCCUCCCCGAACAUGGCCAUCCAGCUGAUCCGACACCACCUGCUCGGACGACAGGAUGCCUCCACCCCCGAAGCAUCCCGGAGUUACUUCGUCCACCAGCAACUGCGCUCCCAACUGAGCCACGACCUCUGGUGGAUCGCCCUUGCCGUCUUCCUCAUUGCCAUCGCCGAAUCAUCCAACUACAGCCACAUGCCCGUGGCGUACUCGACCUUCAACAUCAUCUUUGAAGUCGUCUCCGCCUACGGUUGUGUCGGAAUUAGCGUGGGCUUCCCCGGCUCGAACGCCUCGUUCUGCGGCUCCUGGCACGCCAUCAGCAAACUCAUCCUCGCUGCUGUUACUCUGCGAGGUCGGCACCGCGGUCUUCCUGUCGCUAUUGACCGCGCCGUCAUGUUACCGAAUGAGUCCCUCGAGUGGGCAGAAGAGGAAGAUGCUGCUAUGCGACGCGAGAAGUCUCGUGCUUGGGGCAGCGAUAAGAUGCCUGUGGGGUCUGUAUAGAUUCUCACCUUGGUGUGAUAGAAUGUUGACUUGGCUCGGAUAGCGAGUUGUAUAGUGGACGUGUUGAUGCAUAUGGGAUGAUGAUAUAGAGAGUAGUUGAUAGAGAGAAAAGUUUUGUAUGUUUGUGAUUGUUUGUGGUGAUUGUUUCUGUACUUUGAUGUUUGUGUUUCUUCUUUUGAGUUGAUUGAUCGUCUUCAUAGUAUAUGCAUGUAUGUUCUGCUUGAUUCAUCCUUCAUCGGAAAAUUCUCCGUGGUUCUGUUAGAGACUACAUACAGUUUUAUACAAGACAUCAUACCAA